ACUACAGUCAAAGCUUGUUGGUCAAAGGUCGUUUUGCGGAUUUUGCUUCUUGGAAAGUCAUGUCAUCAAAGAAAAAAGUGGCUAUUGUUGGCUCAGGAAAUUGGGGUUCGGCUAUUGCUAAGAUAGUGGGCAACAAUGUUGCGGCUCAGAAAGAUAAGUUUGUAGAUGAGGUACGGAUGUGGGUCUUUGAGGAGAAGGUGAAUGGACGCAACCUGACAGAAAUUAUCAACGAGGACCACGAAAACGUCAAAUACCUACCAGGCAUCAAACUACCAACAAAUAUUAAAGCUAUUCCCGAUGUAGUGGAUGCAGUGAAAGAUGCGGACAUCUUGAUCUUUGUACUUCCCCAUCAGUUUAUGCCUCGCAUCUGCCAGCAGAUCAAAGGUCACAGCAACAAAGAAGCCAUCGGGGUCACCCUUAUUAAAGGUUUCGACACGCUGGAAGGCGGUGGUAUUCUCCUGAUCUCGGACGUUAUACGUAACAAUCUGAACAUCCCCUGUGCUGUGCUGAUGGGUGCUAACAUCGCCAAUGAAGUGGCAAAGGAGAACUACUGUGAAGCCACAAUAGGUUGUAAAGACAAAACACUAGGUCUUGUGUUGAAGAGUGUUUUCCAGACUCCAUAUUUCAGAAUAGUUGUCGUGGAAGAUGAACAGACAGUGGAAGUGUGUGGAGCCCUGAAGAAUAUCGUUGCCGUUGGUGCUGGGUUUGCCGAUGGUCUGGGUUAUGGUGACAACACAAAGGCAGCCAUCAUCAGACUGGGACUCAUGGAGAUGGUCCACUUCUGUAAAGUCUUCUAUGCAGGCUCCAACCAGUCGACGUUUUUGGAGAGCUGCGGGGUGGCCGAUCUAGUUACGACGUGUUACGGAGGAAGAAAUCGGCGAGUCGCUGAAGCUUUUGCUAAGACUGGAAAGUCUAUAGAUGCCCUGGAAAAGGAGUUACUCAAUGGCCAGAAGGUGCAGGGUCCACCAACCGCGGACGAAGUAAACUUCAUGCUCAAGGCCAAAAACAUGGAGGACAGGUUUCCGCUCUUUACGGCUGUUCAUAAAAUAUGUAAGCAAGAAAUUAAGGCUGAGGAUUUGAUAAAGUGUCUAAAGCAACACCCAGAACACAUGUAGUAGUUAGUAUGACUCGUAUCUAACAUUAUACUGUGUGAAAGACGAUUGAGAAGUAUUAUGCACUUGGAAAUAAUAGGGGUUUUGUUCACUAAAUGUUUGAUUUAUUUCAAAAAUACUUUGGAUCUGUAACCAGCAUUGUAUUUUUUUUUUUUUAGUUUGUGUCCAAUAUUUUGGGGACUAAAUUGUUUUUAUGGUACAGUUGGUCUUAUAUUUAUUUAGAACUUGGAUAUCAUGUCAUGUCAAAAAAAAUUGAGUUAUCUUCCCAUCCCAACCAGUGCCCCAUGACUGGUAUAUCAAAGGUCAUGGUAUGUACUGUCCUGUCUAUGGGAAAGUACAUACAAAAGAUCCCUUGCUGCUUUAUCGAUAGUAGUGUUCCUGUCUCGGAUGAAGGUGCUGGCAGUGAUCAGAACCUAUGCCCAAGACAGGUGUGCACUAUUACAACUUGUUCUGAGUGCAUUAAACCACUUGACCUUGACCUUGACUUUAUUGGUAAGAGUUGCCUAUAUAGUGGGAGCAGGUUUCUUCUCUUUCAACUUGAUAUUGAAAUAACCAUAGGGUAAACACCAAAUAGCUGUAGUUUUAAAAUGUGCUGAGGUGUCCUGUCCUUUAUGACAUUUUGCUACUUUGGAAUUAAUUGAUUCACUAUCAUGCAAUUUAAUUUAAUUUCUUGUAUCAGCUAGAUGUUGAGGACAAUUAACCAUAGUUUAAAAUGUGCUGAGAUGUCAUUACACAAAAUAUAUCUUCCUGUCUUCCUUAAUCAAUGACUCAGUCUGAUUUGCCAUUUUGCUGCUUUGAAAGUACAUUCAUUUACUAUCAUGUUAUUUUGGUACUGCUAGUUAAAAACAUUGUCAUAAGCAUUUGGUGGUUGGGGUAGGUGUGUUACCAGUAUUAUUUUAAGAUGUGACAAUUAUAUUAAUGUGAACAAUGCAAAUUAUUAUGUAUUUUUUUAUGGAUUAUUGAUUUUGGGAAGAAAUUAGACUUUCAGAUUUCAUCCCCAUUGUGAUUAUUUAUCUGUGAGUAGCUACAUACAUUUACUAUGCUAAAACAUAGAUGUUUAAAAAACAGGUUUCAUAAAUUCGGCCCUGUUAGUCUGAGGAAUCGUGCAGAAAACUUUGGAGUGUUCAGUGUUUUGGACCUCGAAUUAAGACAUCUUGGACCGAUAGUAAAGUUGAUUCCCAGACUGGCUCCGUAAAACUGACAGCUUGGACCGAUAGUAAAGUUGACCCCCUGACUUUGGCACCAGAAAACCGACAGCUUGGGCUGGUAUGUAGGAAUGGCUGUCCAGUAAAAAUCACACAAAACAUUGUGAGAAGCAAAGGGUAUUCAUAUUUUUUAGAAUUAGUUUUUUUUAAAUAUUUUAUAUAUCUCAGUUUAUCACCAUAAUUCAGGCACGUGUACAUGAUUUCUAGCAUGGGGGUCUAUACUGUGGCGAGUGAGGUUUAUGGGGGGGGGAGGGGGGAGGGUUUUCGAGUCAUGCUCCCCUGGACAAUAUAUUGAAAUAAAGAAAAUUUGCUUGAGCAGGGAAAGUUUUCGACUCAAGAACCCCCCCACCCACCCAGCACAUAUGCCUGAUAAUUACAAUAUGUUUGAACAAAACCAUGUACAUGUACUUAAAUUGGUAUGCGUUUAUGGAGGAGAAUCAGUCAUAAUGUUUGUGUGUUGAUUUGAUGCUAUGUAAUCAUAAUGAUUGUGAAAAUGUGACAUACAGGUAAAUUUAAAGUGCCUCUUCUAUUGUACUUUUUAUAAUAUAUAGUUUACCAGUUUAUAUUUUGUGUGUCUACUGGUACAUGUAUUUUGUUAUUUGUCUCUUAAUACAAAUAGUCCCUGAAUCUUUAGGAAUGUACUAUGACAUGUAUUGCACUUGCAAAACAUUAUAUUUAUAUAAUGUACAAUGUCGUGUAUUAUAUUUAUACAGUGAAACUCCUCUAAAACGGACACCCUUCAGACCAAGUAAAAAGUCUGCUUUUAAGAGGUAUCCAGUUUAGAGAGGUUGACUUCUGCACAGAUAUUUAGAAAGGGACCAUGAAACACAUACGGUUUUGAAGGGAUUCCGGUUUACAGAGGGUCCGGUUUACAGAGGGUCCGGUUUGAGAAGCGUCACUGUAUAAUGUAUGAUGCCUUGUAUUAUGUUUAUUUAAUUUACAAUGGCUUGUAUUAUAUUUAAUGUACAAUGCUUUGUACAGUCAACUCUCUUUAUAACGGCCAUGCUGGUGCUAUACAGGUUUUGCCGUUACAUUGAUUUUGCCAUAACUACAGUAGAAUCUCAUUGGCUCGACCUCGGAAGGGUCGAUCGCACCGCAACGCUCGAACCAAAAACGAAAUCCCUAGUUUUUUGUUCAGUAAACCCUUAUAUUAACUGAUGAUGGGUCGAACACGCCCAGGGUCGACUAUAAGCCUUCGCUCGAACUAAAUUAUUGGAAUUAUCAGUCCCGUCUGUGUUAUUAGCUAUAUUUCCCUCGAACUGGUGAUCCAGCAAAUAUCAAAUGGAAAACCACCGAAAAGGACCAACAAUUGCUGUGCUUGUGCAGUUGGUUAUUACAACCUUCGGAUUAAUUAUUUAGGCGGAACAAGCUAUAGAUGAAUCGGAGAAUCGCAACAAUAGCCAUGCAAUCAUUUCUUUACCAUACCGGUCAUGUUGUGCGUUAAGCGGCUAUCGGUAAUGAUCUGAAGUACAGCUAGUGGUACGGUACCUGUUUGAUGAACCGUGAUACCAAUCAAACAGUUAGUGCACAAAAUGUCCUCGGCGUGAAGCAUUACUCUGAAAACGUCUACAAGACCAGUUUUAAAUGAAACAAUGGGCGAGUUACUCAGCUGUCAUCACUUCAGCGACAUACAUGUCAACUCUUGUGGAUCACCCAUAAGACUUAUGGAUUUUUUAGCAUUUGACAGUCUUACAGGCGUAGGACAAAUUCCUUACGGGUAACACGCAUUUUCAGGUUAUUAUUUUUUUUCAUUAUUAUUAUUUUUACACGACUCGUUAUCAUCUAAGUAAGCCAUCCUUCAUGAUCCUUCGUGAUUUUCGUUGUCCUUUCGUGAAUCGGGAAACGGCCAUUUUGUUGUAUUUAUUUUGGACAAGUGGUGCCACCUAGCGGAUAUAUGUGCACUAAUCAAAGUCUCACGUGAUCUUUUGUGCAUGCCACGCUGCGCGGGAAAGCAACUGUAAAUUCACACCACAUGCGAAUUUUGUGUGUAAGCCGCGUUGGGGAUCCAAUAAAAUUGUACUUGUUAAUAGUCUCGAUUUUCAUUUUCAUGUUGCCUUGAAUUUAAAAUCAUCAGUUCCACGUCCUUUUGCAGCUUGCUUAUGGAUUUCUUAUGGGUUUUUUGUCCACAGUCUUACAGGUGUUGAUCAGUAAAGGUUGGCAUCUAUGUUCAGCAACCACACAUUUAAUUAAUACUGACAAGGGGUUCUGUAUCAAACAAUCGGAGUAAUUUGUAAUAAAUUCUUUCACUCUGAUAUUUUGCUAUAUAACACCUUGAUGAAAUUUUAAAGUUUGCAGUUACCAAAAUAAUAUGUAUCUAAUUCAACUUUCUAACUGAUGUUACGGAAGUAUCCGGUGUUGACUGAAUGGUUUGGUUGAACUACCUGAUGGGUCGAACACUUUAUCGAGCACCGACGGGGUUCGAGCCGACGGGAUUCAACAGUAUUGUUCACACAAUUACUAUUGGUACCAGGAAGUCAGAUAUUCUGUUGUAAUGAUCAAAAUAAAACAGAUGAAUGUUCCCAGUAAAAGUUUGUCGGAACCUGAAUAUUCCAUUAUAAUGAAUACUGCUAUAAUGAGAGUCGAUUCUAUUAUAUUUAUAUAAUGUACAAUGUCAAUGCUUGGUAUUAUAUUUAUAUAAUUAUACUGAUUUCCCUAGAAAUUUGGCAAGGCAUGGUAGACCAAACACUUUUGGGGCAUUUUCACCAU